AUGUACGAAAUAAAUUUCCUCAACAAGUAUAUUACAAUCCCCAUCCAGGAUGACUUCCACCACACGCGGUGCCCAAAGCUCCCGUUGGAAUGUGACGGUAACGUCACCAAUUCCACAGCGAGUUCCCAGCGUGGGUUUAACAGCGCCCAGAAUAGCGGCGGCAAGGUACUUAAAGGGGAGGCGAGCGGGCAGCGCUCAGACCGGACACCGAGACUGACCGAGCGGACACGGGUAUCUGCGGGAAACAAGAUGAAACUUUCGCCUGACGCCACUCUCAUCGCCUCUGUUAGAGAGGAGGACGCGCGGCGGAGGGAGUUUUACGCGGCAGAAUGGGACGACCUGAUCCUGAAAACGCGGCCCCACGACCGGUGGUCUGCGGCGGAGCGGAACGGCUGCCGGGGGGAGAGCUAUGCGAGGAAGGGGCAGGUGAGCUACCUGCUACAACGCGGCCCGGACCUGCGGCUCCGGACGGGACUCCUUGGCCGUGAGCUGACCGAGUAUCACCUGCCGCUGCCCAUCUUCACACCGGCCCAGGUCGGCGCCGGCACCGAGUGGUCAGAGGCGGAGCGGGAGUGGGAGCGGUCGCAGAGCCCGAGCGGCGUCUGUCCCAACAAGAAGGAGAUCUCGGCGAUCACCAGAGAGUUGCCGCCGCUCAUGCAGCCCGCGUCCCUGGGCAAGAAGCCGGACAUGGCCCGCAGGUCCCUGUCGCGCUCCAUGUCACAGGAAGCGCAGCGGGGCUGAGCUGCCCGGGUCUAUCCCCGGCGGACGGUGCAAGGAACCGGCAUGUGUUGGGCGGGGGCAGGUUGGCAGCGGGGCGGCGGAGACGGAUUUGGAAGCGGGGAGAGAGGCGCGGGAUGACGGGCGGGAGCGGGGAGAGAGGCGCGGGAUGACGCGCGGGAGCGCGGAGAGAGGCGCGGGAUGACGGGCGGGAGCGGGGUUGGAAAGUGCCGGGGAAAUGUGUUUUAUCUUUGUAGAUGUUUGAUGAUUUAUUUUUGUAAUUGAUGCUGAUUUAUUUCUAAUAAACGUGAGUGAGUUUGGACGUCGA